UUUGCUGCUCGGUACUUUCUCCUCCACUCAUUUUUUUCCCUGUUUUUUCUGUAAUCUUUUUUCUUCCUUUUGACAGAUGCAGAAUUUUGGUUUGGAGAUUUUGAUUCAUUCUUCCUUGGCUUGCAUUUGUUUGUUGAUUUAUAAGAGUUGAACAAAGGGAUAAUGGCAAUGAGAGCACUGGUUCCCACGCAUCCUCUACCACCACCACCACAUCUUUGCCCUCCAUUCUCUUGCCAUCUUAAAUCCUCCUUGCAGAUGCCUCAAAAGGUUCUCCACCAUAGCAUCAGCAGAAGAGUAGUAACUAUAGUGGCAAUGGCAACAGCUCUGUUGGCAAAAGAAGCAAUUUUAAGCAAAAAAAUUGCGAAUGCAUUUGACUUCAGAUUGGUAGCUCCUGAUCAGACAUCUGAAGAGGCAGAGAGUGUAGUACGGAGUCAUGCCGAAGAUUUGUUAAGCAUCAAAGAUUUGUUAGAGGCAGAGUCUUGGAAGGAACUGCAGAAGGCACUGCGAAUAAGCUCUUCAAACUUGAAGCGGGAUAUCUAUACCAUUAUCCAAGCCAAACCUGGAAGUCAGAGGCCUCAACUGAGGAAGCUUUAUUACACUCUCUUCGACAAUGUCACUAAACUAGAUUAUGCAGCAAGGGAUAGGGAUGCAGCAGUUGUGCGGCAGUGCUACGGAAACAUUGUUGAGACCCUUGGCAACAUUUUGUCUAGAAUAUAAGGGAUUACUAUCCCAGCUUGCGCUUGGAACUUUAGGAACGAGUUGAGCUUAAGCUUUACAAGACGACGUCAGGCUUCACUCUUCUCCUAUGCAGAAGACAAGUGCAACCAAAGCUGUGAGCAAAGGUAGUAAGAACCAAGCAAUGAUACUCCUCUGUCUUUCCUAAAAUUUUCAGUAAUUAUUGAGAUCAGCGAUUUCAAAGCUGAUGCUCUACAUUUAGCCAUAAAUUUAGGUGAUAUGUGGGACUAACUCACUUGUAAUAUCAUUGCUUGAACGCCUAUGAAUGGGGAUGAGAUAUAUUUUUUCGUCGUCCUUUCUAUUUGUUUCUGCACUACCUUGUACUCCACCAUACAUUUA